AUGUUCUCAAAAUUUGCACUGUGGCGAAGAGAAGAGAGUAAAUUUCUGGCCAAUUACCAGAUUCUCGCACAGCCUCCAAAUGUGAUGAUAAUCUUCUCGUUGGGGAAAACAGCUGAUAAAUGCCAGCAGUUAAUCAAUGAUGGAUAUAAACACAUCGACCAUGGUCUUCCAAAUAAUAUUUCGCUGCCACAAAAGUCAUGCGCCGUCACCAUUGAGUCGAUGGACGGGUCGGUAGAAGUCAAACCGUCCAGUUUUUUGCCUAUUUUGUACAACGAUCUCAAAAGACAGAAAACCAUCCAAUAUAAAGUCAUUCUAAUUGCUGGACGUGGUGGCGACCACUUAUUACAACUUUGCUUUCGAAGCGGAUCCAACAAUUUUCAUAAACAUCCUUUUCAAGUGACACUUGAAGUUCCCAGAGGAGAAGAGUCAGCGUCACCCGACGGUAUCCAAGGACCUACAACGCUCGGACAACAACAGGAGGAAAAAUUUUUGGUGAAAUAUCAGAUUCUGACCAAAGGUUCAAUCGUGGUAGCGAUUUAUUCAUUACAAGACACCGCACAUGCAUGUCAGAAGUUCACUGCUAGUGGAUAUAAGAGCAUUGAGAGUGGUGCAACUUCCGGUACGGAUGUUCAGUUGCCUCGGUUUCUCGAAUGUACCAGCAGUAUCGAGUCUUCUGAUCCAUCUGUAGAAAUCAGUCCACGAUUUAAAAUGCCCUUAUCAUACACCGACCUGAAAAACCAAACAAGCAUCCAGCAUAAAGUCACACUACUGACAUCUUCUGGUGGUCGUCACCUGCUUAAUCUCUGUCUCAAACGAGAAAACUACCCUCUUCGCUCAGAACCAUUUCAUGUGACAUUAGGAGCUGAUGAUUUGCAUGAAGAGAUUCCAAUCGUACAGCAAGACGAUCCCUACGACAGAACAAGCGGAACAGGACCAUUUAAUAGAACAAUAUCAAAACGAAGGCAGAAAUUUCUGGUUAACUAUAAGAUUCUGACAAAAGGUUCAUGGGUAGUUGUAAUGUUUUCACUGAAAGACACCACCGAUGAAUGUGACCAAUUCUCUUCUGAUGGAUAUCAGCAAUGCAUCGUCCAUGGUAUUUCAAACCAAGAGGUUCGGCUUCCGCGGUGGUCACCAUGUAUCAGCAGAGUCGAGUCAAUUGAUGGAUCUGUAAGAGUCACGCCUGAAGAGGGAAAAGAGCUUUCAUACGAUGACCUGAAACAUCAAAAGUGUAUCCAUCAAUAUGUGGCAUUGCUAGCGCAGUUUGGUGGUCCUCACCUAAUGCAACUCAUUAUCAGGAAUGGCGAUGAAAAGCUCCACACAACACCUUUCCAGGUGAAAUUGGAGGUUGAAGAUGUGCACGACAAUGGUGACGAAGAAUGGGAAACUUCUGAUGUCGAUGAUUCAUGUGAAGUCCCUUUUCCCGGAGAAGUUACUGUCCGAAGACUCCUGAAAAAGCAUAACGUUGACAACUAUUGGCUUUUGUUGGAAAGAUCUGGUGUUAGAAGCGUUCCAGAUCUUUCUCGGCUAAAUAAAAAGAAACUUAAAGAGUUCGGCGUUGAAACAGUAGGUGACAGGAUCAGAAUUAUGAAUGCUGUUGCGAAUUCCGACUCCCCUUUCAUAAACUCCAAUAGCACAGAGACAGAGAUUUUCUCUUUGGAAGAGUUUCUGAGUGAUAUUAACUUGAUCAAAAACGAGGCUCUAUUCAAACGAGAAAGAAUAUCUUUGGAAUUAUUGAAUAAAAUGAGCUACGAGGAUCUGAAGGAUGUUGGGAUUACGCAGGAAAAGGACAAGAAAUCCUUUAAAGGUGCACUUGCAGUAAUGGAGAGCAUGCUAUAUUGUAAUGUUUCUCAGGAUGCCCCUGUGGCUACUCAUUCUGCAUCUUGUAAUGUGCCUUACUAUGCCCCUGUGGCUCCUGAUUCCCCCUAAUAAUUUAGUAUAAUCGUGAUACAUUAGCUAUUAAUUAGUUUACUACUACUGUAAUAUUAGAUUAGACCAUACGAAUCGGCAUUUACUUUGUCUCAGUACGCAUAGUAGUCACUGAAUUUUUAUAUAAAUGUGAAUAACAUUGCCACUUUCUCUCUGUAAAUAGUAGUCCCUUCAAGUAAUCAUAACCUAUAAUAUGAAAAUGAUUGAGUGCACUUUUUUAAUUACUGUUAUAUAUGUUAAUUUUGAUAUAUGGAAUUUUGUGCAUCAUGAGCUAACAUUUCUUUUACACUUUGUUUUUGAUUAGCUCGAGUGUGGUUUAGUGUUAAAUAUGAGAAAAUAUGAAGUUUUUGUGAAGGAUAACUUGCUAACUUUAUAUUCAACUUUUGUUUGUAAUAGUAAAUUUUCCACCAGUAAAAAGUAGCAUGCAAAAUUGAAAAAAAGAACACAAUUCACCGGAGAAGGGAAGCCAUGAAGGAUCUAAACUGGUCUAUUAUCUAUGUAUUAAACUUAUAUGUUUUCUACUUUCGCCUCACUUUGUUGAUUAUGCAAUGCAGGCGUGAUGUAGUUAAGCUAUGGCUAGUUGGGGCGGUGAGAUUUAUAUUUUUUUAUGUUGCGGAAAUUUAACCAAUCUUAUAGGUAUGUUUUGGAGUUGAAACGUAAACAAGUUUCACAUACUAUAUCAGAAUGGUCUAAACCCAGGCUCGCGGGACACAUGUGGCCCCGCAGCAUCACCAUCUUUGGCCACAAAAUAACAUUUUGUGUUGUUUCGUCAUAAAAAAUACCCAGCAAAAGCUUUUGAGAGAUUGUUACAUCACUAAUGUCAUUGAGUUUCUGUAGCUAGCUGAGACAACUAGCGAAGUUGAAUAGAGUGCUUGUCUAGCCUGAAUUGAUAACUAAAUUUCUAUUAUUUCGGUGGGUGAUAUCUGCUAAUGAUAUUUCAGAAAACCAUGCAACUAUACUGAAAUUUUAUAGCAGCGAGCUGUUUAUUGCUAUGAUGCCAAGGUAAACGUUGCGCGUGGUUUACUCACAGCGCUAACUUUGCUGUCAUGCGGCAAAUAAGAUAAAAGGCAAAUUGUUCCGCUAUGAAUUUCAAUGUUUAAGCCCGAUUCGAGUACAGUGUUUUUACUAAUCAUGAGAGCAUUUUAACAGUAUUGUUUUUAAAUUUACAACCUAUUUCUAGUCGUGUGUCUUCCGUUUUUCACUGCUAUUCUAUAUCAAUUAUUCAGAUUGCUCAUGUAGGGCAUUUAUAUCCCGUGUUCUAAUCCUCAUUUGAAAUUUUUGCAGCUUUCCCGC